AUGCUAAGACAACCAGACGUAUCGAAGCGUUUCCGCGAGACAACAUGCAACUUGAACAACGAAAAACAGAUCAAUACGAACACUCUAGUAAAGCUUCCUGGUCUUUGGCGAAUGACCACACAAACGAAUCUCCUUGCCUACGGUUAUCGUACAGUUGCACAAGCUCGACGGUUCCGAUCCUCUAGUGCACAUUCAAUGCGCAUUCAGAGAUCAGAAACGAUGCCCUGUGUCAAGUCCAUUGCUUCUAAUGUAGCCACAGGAAGAGCUUGUGCUCUUCCAAUCCGACCGUGUGAAUCCCUUGAAAUUUUGGCUUCACGAUCGAUUGAACAUGAUUCCCGUGGCACGUAA